AUGGAAAGUGUAAAGGAAAGGGCUAUUUUCUUGCAUGUUUGUGUUCCAGGACAGGAAGAUAGUGCUCCAGACUUUACUGCAGAAUUUCCUUCGCUUGGGCAGCUUGGUGAGGAUUUGGUUUGUGUUCUCGACGAGGUUGAUGUCCGCACAUGUAUUGCUUUCGGCGAAGGAGCUGGUGCUAAUAUUAUUUCGAGAUUUGCAUUGGUCUGGCCAAAUCGUAUAAUGGGGAUUAUUUUGGUUAAUUGCACCUCGACGACUGCUGGUUUUAUUGAAUACUUCAAAGAUAUGCUUAUGAAUUUGCGACUGGAGAGUGGCGCUUGGGACUAUUUAAUGAUGCAUAAAUUUGGAACGAGUGAUAAACAUGAGAAGCAACAAUAUAUUGAUGAAUUGAAGGAUGCGAUAAAUGCUCGAAAUUUAAGUAAAUACCUCUACAGUUUUAGCAAGCGAACGGACUUUUCUGGAAUUAUUGGUGCUAAAUUGGACAAGUAUUUUUUUUAA